UUGGACGAACAUAGUACGUUGUAAAAGUGGCGGCGGGAGCUGCAAGUCAUCCUUGAAGUGAAAACCGUGUUUAUUUUUACUGGUUAGAACUUAGCUCCUCUAUGCUGUGUUUGAUAAUGAGCAGGUUACGUUCAGCAGUGGCUAAAGGCAAAACAGGCCGAAUGAAGACGGCGGAAAUAGCUAUCCCAACCCGGAAGAGGUCAAAAACAUCAGUGAAAGAAGAACAAAUCGCAACUUCAGUCCCAUCAUCUUUAUACCACAUGUUCUCUGAUCCUGCUGAAGUUGUGCGGCUGCGCUCUCAGCUCUUGAGCUGGUAUGACAAGGACAAGAGAGAGCUGCAAUGGAGGACUCUGGCUCUCACAGAAUCAGACAUUAACAUCAGGACAUAUGCAGUGUGGGUUUCAGAAAUAAUGCUGCAGCAGACCCAAGUUGCCACAGUGAAAGACUACUACAACAGGUGGAUGAAGAGGUGGCCCACAGUGCAGGAUCUUGCUGCUGCUACAAUAGAGGAGGUUAAUCAGAUGUGGGCGGGCCUCGGCUACUACUCACGUGGAAGAAGGCUGCAUGAAGGAGCGCAGAAGGUGGUCUCAGAGCUGAAGGGACAGAUGCCUCGGACUGUCGAUGACUUGCUGAAACAGUUGCCUGGUGUGGGACGCUACACGGCUGCAGCCAUUGGCUCUAUUGCUCUGGGACAGGUUACGGGCGCCGUGGAUGGGAACGUGAUUCGGGUGCUGUGUCGCCUGAGGGCCAUUGGGGCCGUUAGCACGAGUCCCGGAGUAACAGAGGCUCUUUGGGGUCUCGCCAAUUUGCUGGUGGAACGGGAGAGGCCUGGAGACUUCAACCAGGCCAUGAUGGAGCUGGGAGCACGAAUCUGCACCCCAAAAGGACCACUGUGCAGCCAGUGUCCUGUCCAGUCUCACUGCCGUUCAUAUCACAAGGUUCGUGUCAAACAAGAGCUAAAGGCUAAGAAGCUUUUAGGAAAGCUCGAUGGGCCUGAUAUUGAAGACUGCAUGAACAAUGGCACUUGUCCUUUGUGUCCCUCGGAGCCGUGGGACGAUCAGCUGGGUGUUCAGAACUUCCCCAGAAAGCCAGUGAAGAAGGCUCCCCGAGUGGAGCGAACGCUGACCUGCGUGGUGACCAGACCAGGAGAAGAAGGUGGUGAGGAGUACCUGCUCAUACGGAGACCAAACAAAGGUUUGCUCGCAGGUUUAUGGGAGUUUCCAAGUCUUCUGCUCCAGGAUGGUGACACUGAGGUGAAACAGAAGAGGGCGCUGAGCGACAAAGUCAACAGAAUACUGAAAACCUGUUUGAAUGAACAUCUCCUCCGGUAUGUGGGAGAGGUGGUGCACAUCUUCUCCCACAUUCACCAGACCUACGUGGUCUACAACCUGUGCUUAAAGGAGAGGGACGUCACACAAACGCAGACUGAAAAGCAGCAGUGGGUCACCAGAUCGGCCCUACAGGAAACUGCUGUGUCCACAGGGUUGAAGAAGAUUGUGACGCUCUUUGAAAAGGUGGACAGUUUAAAGGGAAAACCCUCAAAGGAUGGAAAAAGGCGAAUGCCCGAAGGACUAAAAAAUGACAAGAGGUUGCAGAGAACAAAAAUGUGUAGAUCGACUUCAGCUGAUGGUGGGGGCAGACAGCUCUCUCUCAGUUCCUACUUCAAGACAGUGAAAGAAGAAAGAAGUUAGUCCCUAUGAGUGUGCAUGAUGACUUUAGAUGUGCACGUUUCUUUAUGUCAAAGCACUUUUCCUACGACUACACUGUGAUCAAAAAGACCAAUCAGAGAUAUAGUCAGCUAAGCUCUGAGUUUUUAAUCAGAUAAACUUUUAUCAUAUCCCCUGCUAAAUAUAUAUUGUUAAAGUACCCCAUGUAGAUCCAUUUCAGAUGUUUGUAUUUUUCAUUUCUGCUCUUUUUUUUUAACAUAAACAUUUGCCGUGUUAAGUAAUUGUGUCAGUGUAAAAAUAUUCUCAUUACUCUAAUUAUAAUUAAAGUUUUAAAGAUAUAA